CGUAGCUCGUCAGUCGUAGCGAAUAAGCGAGCUCCGUUUGAUUUCUUGGCUGCUGCUACCUAGUUGGUUGCAUUGCAUUGCUCGUGGCGGCGGCGGCAAUGGAGUCCACCAAGCUGUCGGCGGUGCUCAUCCUCGCCAUGUUCGCGCUCUCCUCCUCCCCGCUCGCCCUCGCGUGCAACUCGUGCGGCUCCGGCGGCGGCGGCAGUGCCCCAUCGGGCGGCAGCGCGCCAUCGGGUGGUGGCAUCGGAGGAGUGGUCGGAGGAAUCGUCGGGGGAGUCGCUCCGGUCGUCGGAGGAAUCGUCGGGAAAGUACCCCCGGUUGUAGGAGGCGUCGUCGGGGAAGUCACUCCGGUCGUCGGAGGGAUUGUCGGUAAAGUCCCUCCCGUCGUCGGCGGAGUCGUCGGAGGAGUCGCCCCGGUCGUCGGUGGAGUCGUCGGAGGUGUCGCCCCGGUCGUCGGAGGAGUCGUCGGAGGUGUCGCCCCGGUGGUGGGAGGAAUCAUCGGCGGCGGCGGCAGCCCGGUGAAGCACCACGGCGGCAGGAAGGUGUGCCCGCCAUCGCCCUACACCCCGUCGCCCACCCCGCCCACCCCCACGCCGUCGAGCUCGGACAGCUGCCCCAUCGACGCGCUCAAGCUCGGCGUGUGCGUGGACCUCCUCGGCAACGAGGUGCACAUCGGCGACGCCCACGUGCAGUGCUGCCCGCUGGUGAAGGGCAUCGCCGGCCUGUCCGCCGCCGCUUGCCUCUGCACCGCCAUCAAGGCCAAGGUGCUCGACCUCAGCAUCUACGUGCCCAUCGCGCUCAGCCUGCUCGUCAACUGCGGCUGCGACGUGCCGCCUGGCUACACCUGCGCCUAAGCCAUGCACGCGUCCAUCCACAUGCACGUCCCAGCCAUGCACGCAUACAUCAAUUCUCUCUUCUAGAGUACAAAGUUUAAUUAGUUUCAGUCAAAUUUAAGGUCGUUUGGUAAAAUUCGGUCGGGUGAUGAAGCCACUCGCUUCCGGGAUGUUAAAUUCGGUGAAGAAUUUAUUCGAUUUGCUCUUCUGGUUUUAGUUUGCAUGUUAAAAUUUGUACAUGUAGUGCCCCUGGAAAUUGUCAUCAAUUGUAUUAUGUAUGCCUAUAUUGUACAACUAUUUAAUUUAAUUCCCAGAUGUAACUCUUGUUUGCAA